CGAGGGUACUUAAGGGAGGAGGUAAGAGAAAAAUUAAAUGAGGACGGUAACGCCCGGUUUCUAAGAGAAGCGAACCCCUCGGGCCGUUUCGGUGUUCCCUCCAACACAGACCCCAGCAGGGCAGCAGCCCCACGAGGACCGGAGAUUCCCAAGCGGGACGCCUGGAGGCCGAGGGUUUUCGGGGGGUGACGGGGGGCAAUGGGAGACGGGGGCGGCGGCGGCGGCUCCCCCGAGAGGCGGGCCGCGGGCGCGGCGUUUCGGGACGGGGGGGCGGAGGACGGUGCCCGCUCCCGAACGGAGCUGGACCCGAGGGUGAGGGAGAUCCGGGCGAGCCAGCGGGACGCCGCGCUGGGACGGGCUGCCCAGAUCAGGCACGGGGGCGCGCAGGGUUCAGAGAAGGAGUUGAUUGAUAUCUGCUGGGGUGACGCACACAGCACAGGCAUAAAACCCCUCUCCUUCGUCCGGCAGGUCCUUGCUGCCUGCCUGCACCCUGAGCUCCUCCACAGUGACAGACUGCCUGUUGACGCACGACAGAGGGCCCAGAGGCUGCUGGGAGAAUGUGAGGGUGGCAGCUUGGGGUCAUACACACACUCGUGCGGUCUCCCUCACGUCCGGCGCAGUGUGGCAGAGUUUAUCACGCGACGGGACGGGGGCGUGGCCUCUCUCCCCGAAAACAUCUUCAUCUCCUUGGGCUCCCAGCGAGCCCUCACGCUGGUCCUGAGCCUGCUAGCCCAGGGUGAGGGCGUGUCCCGGACUGGCGUUCUGACCCCGGCGCCUGCCUGUUACACCGUCGCCAUGGCGCUGGCAGCGGUGGGCGUGGCCCCGGUGCCCUAUCACCUGUGCGAGGAGCAGGGCUGGGCGCUGCGGGUGGACGAGGUGCGCCGGGUCCUCCGAGCCUCUCGGGGGCACUGUGACCCCAGAGUGCUGUACGUCGUCAACCCAGGGAAUCCCACAGGUCAUGUGCAGAGCAAGGAGUCAAUCGAGCAGGUGAUCCGAUUGGCUGCUGAAGAAAGGCUCAUCCUUGUGGUGAAUGAGGUCGAUCAGGACAGUGUGCACGGGGAGGGCUCUGAAUUUGUGUCCUACAGGAAGGUGCUGUUUGAGAUGGGGCCUCAGUUCUCAGACGCGAUUGAGCUGAUCUCCCUCCACUCCAUCUCCAGGGGGCUCAUGGGAGAGGGCGGCCUGCGUGCUGGGUACAUGGAAGUGCUCAACGUGGACCCCGCGGUGAUCUCUACGUUUCAGCAGACUCUGCUCUCCGUGGACAUAUGCCCCCCCGUCCCGGGUCAGAUCGCCCUGGACCUCAUGGCCUGUCCCCCGCGCCCCGGGGACCCCUCCCACGCCACAUACGCGAAGGAAGUCCAGACCCAACGGGACGCACUGAUUGGGAAUGUCCGCCGGGCCCGGGAGGUUCUGGACUCUCUGCCGGGGGUCAGCUGCCAGACGGGCGCGGGGGGGCAUUACCUCUUCCCCCGUCUGCACCUCCCCACGGCAGCAGUGGAGCAGGCCAGGUCAGCUGGAGUUGAGGCAGACCUGCUGUACUCUAGGCAGCUGCUGGAGGAGGAAGGGUUGUUUGUUGGACCUGGGUGCGAGUUUGGGCAAAGGGAAGGCACUUACCACAUCAGGUUGCAUGUGAUGGCGUGCCCUGAGGUUCUGGAGGACGCUUUGGGUCGUCUGAAGAGGUUCCACCUCAGGUUUAUGAGAGCGUUUUCCUGACCUCCUGCCGUUUCUCCUGACCUCCUGCCAUUUCUCCCCGCAAGGAAAUGGCUCCCCUGCUCUAAUAAACCAGAAAAACUAAUAAAUCCAACCUUCACCUGA